CAGGUUUUCCCGCAAAGCAGCGAGGCACUGUUGACGUGGGUGACGUCAUAGAGGAGAUGUUUGCGGCAUCGACGGGUUCCCGACAGUGAAGUGGUUUAUUCCGAGCCGAAGCAGGAUGUUUGAAAACUUUCGGGAGAGGCUGCAGGUGGUGCAGCAGGAUCUGUCGUCGGGCUUCAAGACUCUUGGGGAAGCAUCGAGAGACGGCAAAGCGAGGAGGAGGUACAGGUUUGAAGAACGUCUUCCCCAUCUGAGGGCCGGUGUGGAGAUCUUAAGCAGGUACGAGAACAGCUGGUUUCUGCUGCAUAAAAGGAGCCAGGAAAAUGCUCAGGCUGCUGAGGCGGUUGAUGGGGACGUGGUGGUGCUCUCUGCUCACUGGGAGAAACGACGAGCCGCUCUGAUCCAGCUGCAGGAACAGCUGCACAGCUUGCCAGACUUCAUUAGCCAGUUUGACGCCAUCACCGCCAAAAUAGCUCAUUUGGAAGGUGACUUUGAGGAGAUGGAGAGCAGACUGGUCUACCUGGAGACCUUGUGUUGUCAGUGUGAACAGCAGACAGUCAAAAAUCAGCACAUCAACCAAAUGGAAAUCUACAAGAAAAAGAAAAGGAAGGAAGUGGAGUUACUUGAAGUGGAGCUGAACUUGGAGCAUGCUCAGAGAGUGGCAGAACUGGAGCGGGCCAUGCAGCAGAAACUCAGAGAACGUCAGAAGGUCUACGAAGAGGCCUUCCACCAAGACAUUGAAGAAUAUUUAUCCACUGGACACCUGCAGCAUACCGAGGCGGUAGGAGCAGAUGCAUGUGUUCUGGAGCAGAUGACAGUAGCUAACGUGUCGGACCAGGAGGCCUUGGACGACUUUCUCAAUUCCACCAGUGACACCAGUCCUGGGACAUCACCAACGUCUGCAGGGAUGACAUGUGGCCGCCUGAAGAAAACUGUCCGUUCUCAUAGGUCCAGACUUGAGAUCCAGUUGUUCUGACUCGCUGAACCAGGACUCCCCCACAAACCAGGACCGGUCCAAGGAAGCUGCUGUGUGGGAACAGGAAGAGGCGACCAGCGAGGAGAGUGAUGCACAGCUGGUGCAGUCAGACGAGGAGGACGUUCAACCGGACACCUCCCUCAUUGGUCUGAGAGACGUCUGUGCAGCCGGAGACUCUGAGGACAGUGAAGCUGAGGCUUCACCCCCCCACAGUGAACACUGACAUGGGAGAUCAGCAACGCAAAACAGUUGUUGUUGCUAGUUCCUUGUAACAGCUGAAGCAGCCGAUCCCUGUGAAGGAAAGAAAAUAAACAUCUGUCUUCCUAGUAUACCUGUUGCUCCCAACUGUAAUCCUUUACAGAUUACUGGUUACUGCUAUUUCAAAGUAAUCCCUGUUCUUACAACAUUACUGUCUCAGAGUUCUACCACAUCACAUGACUCCUGUGUUAUUUUUAUUUUAAUUCCUGCCAAAGCAAAACAUGAUCCAGACUGUCGAAUGUGCUGCAAAGACCUUCACGCCGUAGUGAAAGGGUUGAUUUGUUUUUGGUAAGAUGGAGGCAACAAAAGAUGAGGGGCAGAAUCCCACACUGUCCGUGAAAGCCUUACAUCUGGCAGAUGUUAAAGUGCUAUAUAAAUAAAGAUUGAUUGAUUGAUUUA